AUGAUUCGAACUUGGCGCGACAAUGCCGUAAAAGGCGUCGGACAAUUCGGUGUCGUUUCUACGCGUCAACGCCUCAUAAAAACCAUCACAAUACUCAUCGCCUUCAUCUGUCUCCUCACUUUAUGGGAAUUCUGGUCCGAUCUCUCAUUCGCGUAUCAGAGAGUCACGUCAUCAAGCUUGGCGCAAGCGAACGCGCCAAGUCAAACAAUCCAUGAACCCCAAUUUACUGGCCCGACAAAUCAAACAACCCAAUUUUGGGCCGAUUUACUCCAACAAUUCUACAACGCCAAACCUGAAGGCAAGAAAAUCAGACCUCCCAAGUCUCUUUCACGUGAUAAAUUCGAUCCUCAUGGAAGCACUCCCCAGACCGACACAGACUGGUUAGAGGUAUCAGAUGAGGAGAUCGACUCGCUAAAAGAAAACCACGAAACAUUUAUCCAGGGUCUGCGACAUCUUGCCCCGAAACUUCCAUUCCAGCCCAGCACCAGGGGUAUCGUCAUCACCUCCAAAGGCUCUGCGUUCGGAGUAGCAGCCACCGCUGUACUCAUGCUGCGACAUGUCGGAUCAAUCCUACCCGUCCAGCUUUUUCUUGACUCGGCAACUGAACAAGAGUUGGAGAGGUGCAAUGACACAUUAACAGAUUUGCAAGUACAAUGCUUAAACAUGGACGAUUUCCUACGCCUACCAGACACAACAUCAAUUCGCAAACCGAGGAUCCAAUCUUACCAGUACAAAGUCAUGUCCAUCAUCUUCUCCAGCUUUCAAGACAUUCUAUUCCUUGAUGCCGAUGCCUUUCCUCUUAGAAACCCCGAUCAUCUCUUUGACGUGGAACCGUACAAGGGUAGCGGACUGGUAACAUGGCCAGACUUCUGGCUGCCCACCAUAUCUCCUCUGUUCUACAAGAUCGCUGGGGUCAAGAUGCCAAACGUGACAAUCGACUCUCGAAGCUCCGAGUCAGGGGUCAUGCUUUACAACAAAGCAAGACACGCCGACAGUCUCUUGCUGGCUGCUUACUACAACUUUUACGGCCCAAGAUUUUAUUACCAGCUUCACUCCCAAGGCGCUUGGGGCUCGGGUGACAAGGAGACAUUCAUGCAGAGUGCCUAUGUUCUGGGCAACCCUUUCUGGCAAGUGAAACAGCCACCUGAGCUGGUGACAUCUGAAAAGAUCAAUUGGGGCAGCGGAAUCUGGCAGGCGGAUCCCGAAUACGACUGGAAACUGCGAACAGAACGGGCGAAAAAUAUGACGACUACUUCCAUGCGAAAAAGAAAGCAAAGAUUAAACGAGGAGGAUGUCAAGGUCACGAGCACAAUGUUUGCUCAUCUCAACAGGGUCAAGUUCGACAUGACGCAUCCGAUGCAAAUAUUGGAGGACUUGGCACCUGAACAUCCCGACGGGCGCAUAACACGACUAUGGGGAGAUGAUAUCGGCAAGGUCUCCGACAUAGCUGGAUACGAUCUAGAAAAGGCCAUCUGGGAAGAGGCCAUGAAGGUGAAUUGCGCCCGUGAAUUAAUGGAGGAAUGUAACAAGAUACGGAAAUAUUACGAGGCAACGUUUAGAUAG